AUGUCGCGGAAGGAGUUCAUUCGGCAGAUCGUCGAGCAUCUUGGAACGGUGAAGAACGUGAGCCGGCUGUUCAUCGAGUCCUUGGAAUGCGAGCAUCAAGCUGGCAUCGGCAAGUGCUUCUCUGCGUUCGACGUGGAGAACAAGGGUGAAGUCAGGAGUGGGGUGACCUGUCCGCUCCAGUAUUGGGCAGAAACGUGCGGUCACUGGGAGGAGAAGCUCCCGCUCCUGCGUGAAGCGGCCGUGAUGUUCAUGCUCUCCCUGUUUGAAUCGACGGCCAUGCUGGAGCAAAAUCUUUCACUGAUGCGGAUGUGCUCUAGAGAUGAGAGAGCCCACACAUCGCAUGAGAAGGUGAGAGCCUUGCUGAAGCUUCAUCUGGAUGUGACUGAUCCUGUCGUGGUGUACAAUAGCCGGGACAGAUCCUACAGAUUGACUAGCUUCGGCACACGCUGCUUCAAUUUGUAUCGCCAGUUGUUUCCAGCUGGGACAAAUGUGAAAAAGAACGAGCUGCCCAAGAGAGUCAUGAAGCGCAAGCUGAACUCGACAGGCAUGGCCGCAUUUCUUCGAGUCCAGGAAGAGCAAAAGGCCAACCUUGUGGCACAGACGGUGAGUUCGUCCGAGGCUGAGUCAUUGAAGAAAAUGGUGGAGCAGUCAGCGGUGAAGCGAGCUUCUGCCAAGCAGGAAUCCUUGCGCGAGACUUUGCGCAAGAAAGUAGAAGCAAAGGUGGCGGUGAUCAGCCCUGAAAGUUUCGCGUCGGACGCAAAGGCCCGGCUGGCGCGCUUGCAGGCCGAAGAGAAGGAACGGGAAAGCAAACUCCUCGCAAUGGAGCUUCGCGAGCUCAGUAGUGCACCCUUCUUGGACUUGUCAGCAUCGGUGAUCGUCUGCGUCAUUGACAGAACAGAAAUCCCAAAUGCUGACAGGGUGAUCAAGGAGACUUCGAAAGCCGUGCAUUCCUUUGCGGCGGGCGCCAAGAUCGUGCAUCUCACUUCUUCGACCCUCGUUCCGAAGGCUUUGGAAGCUCGGUGCUUGGUUUGGUUAGCCGCCAGCGCUUCCGCAGAGAAGAGCCUCAUGCAACCUCAGCCGGACGAGGAUGAGUUGGGGUUGAGUGCAGUGCUGGCCCGAUGUUUGGGCGGGUUUGUGGCAGGGCCGCAGUGGCUUCGGAUCUGCCAAAGUGGCGGAAAGUCACUGCAGCCGGUGUUACGGCUGACACCAGCGUUGAGUGUGAGCCGUCAAAUUUAUUUCGACGAGAGCUUCCGCUACCGUGCGCCCUUGCUGAAGGUGUUGGCCGUCAUAGAAAGUCACCCUGCGGGAUACCGGAACUGGGUCAUCCGAACACGGCGAGAAGAGUUGCUGCUGGGAUAUGUUGAGGUUUUUUUUAAAUGUUUUGGUAGUUCGUUUAGGGUAUAG